AUGUAUCACAAUAAUGGAGCUAUGGCGCGUCACGACGACGAUCCGGAGCGUCAGUUGUUGGCCGCGGGUUCGCUGGAGCACUCGUCACACUCGUCACACUCGUCGCACUCGUUGCACUCGCUGACGUCUCAGCGCCUGAAGUCGGCUGGGGAUCGUGUUUCGUGCGACAGCGGCAUCUCGCUGGAGGACCCGACACAACCGCCGGCGGUGGUGGUGGCCAGCCCGGGGGUGGUACGUCGCCGUACAGCGAAAUUAGGCCCCACGCCUGGUGCUGGUGGAGGCGGUGGACCAUCGUCGUACGUCCGCCGGUUGACGCAGCUUUUCGAGAACCUUACACACGAUGAACCGACGCUGAAACAACAGCCACACGGCCACGUUGCUGGGGCGUCUUAUCAUCAUCAACACCACUCCCACCAGCCAUCGUCGUCGUCGUUGUUAGUACACCCCGUUAGUGCGAGUGCCAUGUCGGCGACGGCGGCGGCGGUCCGCGAGACGCCAGUGUUCGGCUCGGCAAACGGUGCACCGUUGUGCCAAGUGGCGGAAGAGUCGCCAGACAGUGGUCGGCUAUCGCCACCGGAAGUGGGCGAACGGCCGCCACCACUACAACGUGCCGUUCCGUGCCAGGUGCUGCUGAUGGAGCAGCCGGCCGCCACUCCCAGCGCGGAAGUGAUGGAAACGGCGAGCGAGGCCUCGGAAGUCCCAACCCGCAGCAUACCCCCAGCGGAGGCUGGCGGCAAGAAACGACUAAGCCGUCGGCGGACCCAACUCCCGAAGCCGGCGAUCGCCAUCCAGGGGCACGAUAAGAUAAGUGAAGGAUUUGACGAUUACGACUACGACGACGAUGAGUUCGAUACGAGCGACGAUGAGACGGAUGACCAUACGAUGGUCCCCCAAGGCCGUCGGCCAAGCUGCGGCGACGACGACGGUGAUGAGUUUGGUGAAGAAUCAUCCACUCCGCUGGAUGAUCGGCCGAUGGUUUCGGAGGCACACAACGCGCUGGUGCCGGAGCACCCCAAAGCAUCGCCGCCGGGAGCUGUUCACGGGAGGCCAUACUACGACGAGGAGGACGACUUUAGCAGCAGCUCGUUCGACUCGGACUCCGACGAGGCCCUAACGGCGUACGUGGCGCGUCCCGAUUCGAAUAGUUCACUCAAAACAAGCCGCGUUACCAACAUUCUGCAGGAACUGCUCGAUAACGAAGCGAACUACGUGCAAACGCUGGGCCGUGGGAUCACGAACUACAUCAGCAUUAUGACGGCCAAGGAGCUACCUCCUGGGCUGCGUGGUCAGCGGUACCACAUCUUCGGAAACAUCGAAAAGAUCCACAGCCUGCACCAGAACCAGUUCCUGCCGAUGCUCCAGAGCAACCGGGCCAGCAUACAGGGUAUCGCCGAAACGUUUAUCCGGUUCCUGGAGCAUGACAAGUUCUACUGCUACAUCAUGUUCGCGCUUAAUCGGCCCAAGUCGGAGCGGAUAUGCAAUCGCAAUCUGGACUUCUUUCAGCGCCGUCAAUCGGAUGUGGACGAUAAGCUGGGGCUGAACAGCUUUCUGCUGCAGCCGAUCCAACGGUUACCGCGCUACAAGCUGCUGCUGGCCGAGAUCAACAAGGAAAUUCUGAAGCAAAUGGAAGACACACUCCUGGACUCGGUCAAGGACGAGAUCGGCAUUCUGUGCAAGGCCGAGAAGCGGUUGGAGCGGUUCAUCGAUGUCGUCAACGAGGCGAUGAGCAUCAACGACAUUCAGGAGUGCUACGAGGUUAACCUGUUCCAUCAGGGCAAGUUCCGGAAGAUGUUCGAGGUCGACGUCUAUGACUGGGACCACCGGCGACGCUACCCGGCCAAAAUGUUUCUGUUCGAGCGGAGCGUGAUCUACACCGAAAAGUGCAAGGCGCACCUGGAGUAUCGCGGUCGGUACGAUGAGUCGGAGAUCGGCCUGUACAACGAGAACCGCACCAAGGUUUACCUGUUCGCGAGGAAGCGUGGCAUCCAGGAGAUCGAGGUGACGUGCGGGGACCAGAACGAGGCGCAACGGCUCGCCAGUCUCGUCGAGCGGAUGAUGACACAGUUUGCACAGUUCGAGCGGGAACGCAUCAACUCCCUGACCGCCCGCCGGGACCUGCACGUGCGGGUCCCGAGUGUCAUCACGUUAAAGAACCACCGGCAUAGCGAGCUGUCGACCACCAGCACCAUCAACAGUGCGCGUGAAAGCUAUGAGUCGACAUCACAAACGACUUGGAGCACCGACAAACCGAUCGCCCAGCUGGCCAACAUGCAGAAGCACUUCUGCCAGAUACUAACCGCCAAUCGGCGCUACUACUUUCACGAGCUACCGGUCGAGCUGUCGGGCAAGAUAACGGAGUUUAUCCGCGUGUACGAUCGGUUGCUGAACGUGCACAUCAAACGGUUGUAUGCGGAUCUUUCGAAGCCCCACCUUGGGGUCGAUGAAGUGUGCGAGCUGUUCAUUGGGUACUUCAAGGACGGGGUUUUCGAUGACUACAACGAGUAUAUGCGACUGUUCAAGCCGGCAGCGGAAGUGCUGAAAAAUAUACACAAAGCAAGGCGCUCCAGCAUAACCGACAGCAUGGUGGCCCCGACGAUGGAUGAGUUUACCUUCCUGUGCGUGCAACACUGGAACAAAGUGCAGCACUUCUUCCAGGCGCUCGUGGUCCAGAUAGCCGAGCAGAUGAACGGUGGCAACAUGACGCAGCAGGACCUCUUCCGGAAGCUGGCGUACGUCGAAGUGCAGGUGGCGUCCUUCCGGCAGCUGCUCUUCCAAAACUACCGCCUGUUCAAUCUGGACGAAAAACUGUCACCCGACAAGCUCGGACUGGUCGUGUACUCCGACCGGGUCCGGUAUGACAACGAAACGAUCGGCUCCCACCGCGUGUUGCUCUGCGGUCGAUCCGUCGUUUGUGUAAAGUUCCACUUUGUGCGGGAAUUUGGGCGCCAGACGGAAAAAUACACCGCCUUCGCGUUCAUCGAUCGAUUCGGGCGUGACGGAGCCGAUCCGAACGUAAGGGUAAGCAAAAAGUCUGAGGUCCGUCUGAACGUGCAGCUCGCCGGUACGAAGAAGCACGCCAUCGAUUUCGGGAACACGGCCAAUCGGGACAAGUUCUACGGCCAGUACUGUGCCACUUUCGCCCGACAUCAAGACCGUGGCCUGUAGGUCUGUAUUUUAGCGCUUUUCAUUCACUCGCCAUCAUACACGGAUUGGUCAUAGCGCUCCGGGAGGGGAAUUAAUUGGUCAAUAAAG